UAUAUGUGAGGGGGCUCCUACUGUUGACGUAGAACAUGAUUUUCGAUCAUGUCAAAGUACUUUUGACGUCUGUCAUCAUAUAACAAUCUGCGUGCAGUGCAGUGAAUCACCUUCCAUUCUCUCCUCCCCACCGUUUCCUUAAACUAAACUAUGUUCACCAUUCCGGUUUCUUUCUCACCACCUACGGCUAUGCUAAACACCCCAAAUUGGCGGGCGCCGCCGUCAUUCCGAGUGUUUGCAAUGUCGGCGGAGGCUUUCCCGCCGUUUCUGCCUAAAGAAGUGCAGAAGAUUAGAGACCCGUUUGCCCGAAAACUAGCUUCCAGGAUUCAGAGGCUGCCCGUUGAGCUUACCGUCUCAAACAAUUGUAUUAUGAGUAGCUGCGUGAAGCCAACGAUACAAAAAACCGCCAAUCCACUUGUUCUACUACAUGGGUUUGACAGCUCUUGUCUAGAAUGGAGAUACACACUUCCGCUUCUUGAGCAGGCUGGCUUUGAGACGUGGGCGAUUGAUAUUCUAGGAUGGGGUUUCUCUAAUUUGGAAAAGCUUCCGCUAUGUAACGUAGAAUCUAAGCGCGAUCACCUUUAUCAGUUCUGGAAGUCCUACAUUGGGAGGCCUAUGGUGCUAGUUGGGCCAAGUCUUGGAGCAGCAGUUGCAAUUGACUUUGCUAUCAACUAUCCAGAAGCAGUUGAUAAGCUGAUACUGAUUGAUGCAAGUGUUUAUGCAGAAGGCACCGGAACCCUCUCUCGGUUACCAAAAUUUGUAGCUUAUGCUAGUGUAUCUGUGUUAAAGAGCUUCCCGUUGCGCCUUUUUGCUACUUCUCUGCAAUAUAAUUCCCUAUCAUUCAAUACGUGCUUAGAUUGGACACGUAUAGGACGCUUACAUUGUAUAUUAGAUUGGUGGGAGGAAGCAACGGUUGACUUUAUGAACAGCGGGGGAUACAAUGUCACUGCCCAGAUACAUCAGAUUCUGAAGAAAACACUCAUAAUAUGGGGUGAAGACGAUCAAAUAAUUGACAGCAAGCUAGGAGUGCGAUUACAUUGUGAACUUCCGAAUGCUAUAAUUCGACAAAUACCAGAAUGUGGUCAUUACCCGCACAUUGAAAAACCAGAUACUGUCACGAAAUUGAUCAAGGAUUUCAUCGAGACCAACGACACUCCCCUUCCGUUGUUUUCAAAGCCGGAAGAGAAGGUAUCAACUUGAAUAGGUAAAGCGUGCGUGAGCAUCAUCACGUGUAAGUUGAACCUUUAAAUGAGUGUGUGUUAAAAUGUCUUGUAGAGAUCUUGGAUUAUGUAAAUAAUUAAUGUAUGGUCUAAUUAGUCUUCCAAUCUUAUAAGUUGUAGCACCAAGGUUUAUGUUAUUCAGUAAUGGAUUCCAUAGAUUCAUUUAAA